AGAGCGGCUCCUAGAAAAGCGGACAUUAUAAAACCAUUUAGAUAAAAGGAGGAGUAGAGUGACACUGUGCAGAAAUGCUGAGUGGUGGCAGACUAUCUGUUUCGGUGGCUUUUGCUACUUCUCCAAACCUUACACGAUCUCUCUCCAAAAUCCCUAGUUCUCGCUUUCUGGGGCAUAAGAUCUCUUACUUUUCCAACCCUGUUUUCUCUGCUGUGUCACUGGUCAAAUGGAACUCUAGAAUGGUGGAUUCAAAGGCUGCCAAUUUUACGAUCAGGGCCUCGGCUCAGCCUCUUAAGAACGCUGAUGAGCUGAUUGAUUCUGUCGAGACUUUCAUCUUCGACUGUGAUGGAGUUAUAUGGAAAGGAGAUAGUUUGAUUGAUGGAGUCCCAGAAACUCUGGAUAUGCUUCGUUCAAGGGGAAAGCGCUUAGUUUUUGUUACAAACAAUUCAACCAAGUCAAGAAAACAAUAUGGAAAAAAAUUUGAAACUCUUGGUCUUAAUGUCAGUGAGGAGGAGAUUUUUGCAUCCUCUUUUGCUGCUGCUGCAUAUCUGAAGUCAAUUAAUUUCCCAAAAGACAAAAAGGUUUAUGUGAUCGGUGAAGAUGGUAUAUUGAAAGAACUUGAGCUUGCUGGAUUUCAGUACCUUGGUGGACCGGAGGAUGGUGGGAAAAAGAUAGAGCUAAAACCCGGAUUUCUAAUGGAGCAUGAUGAGAGUGUUGGAGCUGUUGUUGUUGGAUUUGAUCGUUAUUUCAAUUAUUACAAAAUUCAGUAUGGAACCCUCUGCAUCCGUGAAAAUCCAGGCUGUCUGUUCAUUGCUACAAACCGUGAUGCUGUCACUCAUCUGACAGAUGCUCAAGAAUGGGCAGGUGGUGGUUCCAUGGUUGGUGCUAUUAGUGGAUCAACUCAACGUGAGCCACUGGUUGUAGGGAAGCCCUCAACCUUUAUGAUGGACUACUUAGCCAACAAGUUCAAUAUUCUCAAGUCACAGAUAUGCAUGGUUGGAGAUAGAUUGGACACUGAUAUUUUAUUUGGACAAAAUGGUGGUUGCAAGACCCUUCUUGUUCUAUCAGGUGUGACAAGUCUGUCCAUGCUUCAAAAUCCCAACAACUCCAUACAACCAGAUUUCUACACCAACAAGAUUUCAGAUUUUCUGUCUCUCAAGGCUGCUACUGUUUGAGCUGAUAGCAAUUUGUGUCAUUUUUUUUCCUAGGUUCACCUGUAAAAUUUCCUUCUGCCCAUUAUCAUAUUUCUUCAGUGUGAAAUCUGUUAAUCUUUUUUUUUAUAUUUUUUCAAAGUUAACUGAAAGAAAUCCUGGACAAGAAGAAAUGGCAUAAAAUUAAUUCUAUUUUAGUUUAUUCAUACAAUUAUCCUUUGACAAAAUGGAAAGAGAAAAGAAUUAUUCUUUUUGGUGGGUAAUGGAUUUUCCUUUUAAAUAGGGGAAUUUGGAUAGAAGAGAGAGUUAAUUUUGAAACAGAUUUUUAUAUUCUAUGGCUUGAGAUGCCAAUAUCAGAUGCAGAUAUCUGUUGGAGUUGCAUAUCUUCGAUCCCAAAAUCUUGGGGAUCGGACUGGGGUUAGUAAGCUGAGUACAAAGUACAUUGGAUACAUCUUACAUGGAAUAAUAAAGUUUUAUCAGUUUGUAAUGGCUGAGUAUGAGCAUGUAACAGUCGAAUAUGAUUGUUUUGGUAAGUAUGGAUUUGUGAUGAUCUAUGCUAGUUGACUAUUAGUCUGCAA